GAACAGGAAGAUCAAUAUAUGGAUCAUAUUUAGUACGUCAAAUGUCGAUAUGUUUUGUCUUCUUACAUUUCAGCGUUGAAAUGACACGCGCAUAUGCUCUAAGGGCACAAGGCUAUCAUUUGUAUUUUACUCCACUGAGUAUUGUUAUAUGUCAUUGUUGUGUCUAUCUACGCUUAAGUUUAUCCGGCCUUUUUAGGUGACUCGUGUCCGUAAAAUCGAGCGGUUGAUUGAGAUGUGAAUUAAUGCAUAUGCGUGGUGCGGUGUUAAUUAAUGAUUCUAAAAAAAACUCAAAUCAAAAACAGAUCAUGUUUAUGUUUUAAUCCUCACGCGAAGUGGAAAGGUUUAAUUAAGAAUGCAAAGUUCAAGUAGAAUUCCGCGACGAGUUGGCGGUGAUCGAGACAGUGAAUCAUCGAAUACGGAAGCAGAAAACGAUGGAAAGGGAAGGGAACGGAAAAUAUCUCUAACGGAUCAGGGGAAAGCAGCGAAGCUACUGAGGCAGAGGUUAGCCUUCGCGUUGGCGACCAACACAAAACUGAAAUCGGAUUCUAGUAAUAGCGAAUCUGAACAAGAAAUAUCUGGUAAAGAUUUGAAAACGAGAAGGGAAAGAAAGACGGCUUUCAUACCGCGAAAAAACUCGCAAGGUCCUCAACAAACCGCGAUAAAACCGCCACGACCACCACUAACAGAUGGCGGCGGUAUUUCACACAAUGUCGUCAAAAGUCAAAAUUAUUCAGCGACGAAUUUCUCCCUGAGAAGUGGCGUUCCAUUUGAAAACAAUGCUCAAGUGAAAACUUCGAUAACGAAUUUACCAUUUCCAAGUCGAAAAGAAAGAGAUGGGAUUUCAUCUUCGGCAAAUGAUAAAGUUGUUUCCGAGGAUGUAAUUGAUACGAGACGGUCACGAGUUCCACCUAGCCACGACGACUUACCACCGAACAGUCACGGAAAAGCCACGAAAAAGUCCGAAGACAGUACCUCUCCAACUCAUAACAGUCUCGAUGUCAUCUACGUUAUAGAGAGUGAAUUAGUCAAACUGAAGGAAGACAUGCAUCAAACGACGGAAUAUUUCCAAGAAAUGAACGUGUCAACUCUUCAAGUGAAAAAGAAACUUGAAGAAUUAAGGGAACUAAGAACCAAUUCUGUGAUCUAGCAGUUUUCAAUUCUAACCCUAGAUAACCUGUAGCAAAUAUCUUAUUCCGAACGUUAUUCAGAUGGGGAGAUGAGAAAUAUUAGGAGUAUCUUAAAAUGCUACCACUUUCUUGCUAUGAUAAGUGUGAGCCUACAAUUUAUGACAGCUUUAAAAUGAAUUUACAUCCUAUACUAAGAUGCAUUAAUUUGUAUAUAACUUAUUAUUUAUUUUUACCACGCUGUACAACUCAGAAACUUUAUUCCGCGCUCCCCGACGGUUACACACACAGAAUAAUGUAUCAAAUUAACGUGUAAACUUGAGCGAAAAAACAAUGGUCUGAAUAAAAAAAGAAAAAGAGUUUUGUCCAAUCACUAGAUUAAUUAACAAUUCCUGUGAUUUAGAACGCAAUUCACACAACAACCGUCAAAUAAAUUCGCCAUUGCAACACUUAACUCCGU